CGUUUGCUCUCUCUCUCUCUCUCCCUCUUUUUCUUUUUCUUGGAUCAGUGCGUGCAGCAGUGUCUUGGGAGGUAGAGGUGCGCGCGCGUCGAGGUGAAAAAACCUCGUCGAAGUUUUGCAUGUGUCGUGGGGAGGGAAAGGGUGAGGAGCGUGCGAGUCGCAGGACGGGUGUCGUGUGCGCGCGAAGGGCGACGGGGAUCGAGGUGUGAGAGGCGACAACGGGAUAAACGGGACGUGCACUGGAAAGAUGCUGCGCACAGAUUCCGCGAGGAAAAAAUUGCCCGAGCGUAGCUGCGGCGUUGCGACGGUGGCCGACCGAGGAAUUGUUGUUACUGCCAAAUAAGUCCCUCUCGGGUAACCGUACAGCCAAGGCCUCAGCUUCUCAUGCGAGGCCCCUCAUCCCCUCCCAAGAAUGGCUUCGUCUACGAGGAGAUCCUGGAAACUCCAGGAUUUUACUGCCCAUUCCUCGAAUGUCAAUUGCCUAUCACUAGGUCACAAGUCCGGAAGAGUUUUAGUCACAGGUGGAGAUGACAAUAAAGUCAAUUUAUGGGCAGUUGGAAAGCAAAAUUGUAUUAUGAGCCUUAGUGGCCAUACUACUCCAAUAGAAUGUGUUCGAUUUGGUCAAACGGAAGAUUUAGUCUGCGCGGGUUCGCAAACUGGAGCAUUGAAAAUCUGGGAUUUGGAGCAUACCAAACUAUCUCGUACACUCACUGGUCAUAAAAUGGGUGUUCGCUGUAUGGACUUUCAUCCCUAUGGCGAAUUAUUAGCAUCGGGUAGCUCUGACACUACCAUUAAAUUAUGGGAUAUUCGCAGGAAGGGCUGUAUUUUCACAUGCAAGGGCCAUGACAGGAUAGUAAACAAUUUAAAAUUCAGUCCGGAUGGCCAAUGGAUUGCCAGUGCUGGGGAAGAAGGCACGGUUAAAUUGUGGGAUUUAAGAGCUGGUAGACAGUUACGGGAAUUCACAGAUCACAAAGGUCCUGCAACGUGCGUAGAAUUUCAUCCACAUGAAUUCCUUUUAGCUAGUGGUAGUACAGAUCGUGUUGUUCAUUUCUGGGAUUUGGAAUCCUUUCAACUGGUUUCUUCCUCCGAACAGAACAGCACCGCUCCAGUCAGAUGUAUAUUUUUUAGUCAUGGUGGUGAAUGUCUCUUUGCCGGAUGUCAGGAUGUUUUGAAAGUUUAUGGUUGGGAGCCAGCGAGAACUUUUGACUCUGUUCCGGUUGGUUGGGGAAAGAUUCAAGAUGUAGCCAUUGCUCAGAAUCAAUUGAUAGGUGCGGGUUUUCAUGCUUCCAAUGUUGUUUUAUACGUGUGUGAUUUGAAAAAAAUUUCACCAAUAGGAAACGAUACAUUAACCUCGCCAUUUUCCUAUGGAAAUUCUUUAAGAAAAAGCUUCUCUAAAGAACGACCAGCGAGUUUAAAGAAACACACAAUGGAUGUAAAAACAAUUGAAGAAGAUAAGUCGGGUACAGAUCCAGAAGAUGAGGUAAUGUUUGACAUACCAAAUGUCACCGAGUACAGAGAUGUCUUCCAGCCUACGCGGUCGCUAACUCGCACCCCGCCUCCGCUGCCAGAGGCUUUUCCGGAGCCUUCCGAGGAGCCAGAGCCAUUGCAGUCACAAAUGAUCCGCAGUCUGUCAAACUCUAUGUCAAGUCUAUUGAGCGCCGAUACGGAAGAGAAUGAGACGUCGACGUCACCUGUGCCCAUAUCCGCGCCCCUACCCAAGCCGAUGCCAGUCCGAGUUCAUCCCAUAAAGUCAACGCCGCUUAUACAAAGGAGCCCCAUAACGCCCAUAUCGUCAACCAGUCAAAUUAGAGCGAAUUUACAAGCGAACAGCAAGAAUUCGAAGAACCUCGCGCCGGUGCCACCGCUGCGUCAAAGCCUGACCCCAACGAUCCCAACGAUGGCGACAGCAACGGCGGUGACGGCCGCAGCGAACCUCGGGAAGCGUAACCUCGGACCAGCCUCGCUGAUGCCCCCGCCUAAGCCCCUCGGGCCCCAACGCUCGAACACGACCCUUACACCGAGGAACGCUCCCAUGGCCGCUGUCUCGCCCGUCAUGGACGAUGGCAAGCUCAAGUCCAGGGCGAGCAGCCCCGACUACCCUAAGCAACUGCUCAAGCGGCAGAGCAGCUGCAAGGAUGGCGAGCAGGGAUACGAGAGCGACUUCCCCGUCAAAAUCCACAAUUUGAAGCACAGCCCGUCGGAUCCACAGCUGAACAGGCCCAACACAGCUCAGCAGACGCGUUCGAUCGGCCGGAACUUCGUUGCGACGACGCCCCUGUCGGCCCGUAACCAUCACAACAGCAAUGGCUCCACCUCGACUCGGAAGCUACCUAACAAGGCCCAGGUCGCCCCGAAUCCCAAGACCGAAAUACGAGUCGCCCAGUUAAAGCCUUCGGUCCAAGAGACGCAGGAGAAGCACGUCGAGUUCAUAUCGAUGACGGCUGACAAACCCUAUGGCCUCGACGUCGAAUCCUUCCUGCCGAAAAACUAUUCUGGACAAACGUCGCUGGAAUAUGCGCAAAUGGGAGUGUUCGCCGAGAUGUCGGAGGCUGAAGUAUUAAAUACGAUGAUGCGUGGACACGAGUCAAUGAUGGCCGUAUUGACGAGUCGGCACCGAUCCCUACAAAUCAUCUAUUCACUCUGGCACAACAAAGACAUGAAGUCAGCCGUCGAUUCCGCAGUAGCAAUGAAUGAUCUUGCUGUCAUCGUCGAUCUUUUAGGAGUACUUACCUUAAAACCAGCAAUUUGGAACUUGGACUUGUGCAAUUCCUUGAUCCCUCCUAUUGGUGACCUUCUUAAAAGCAAGUACGAAAUGUAUGUGACGGUCGGAUGCUCGGCACUUAGGAUAAUAUUACGAAACUUCGCUCCCGUUAUCAAGUCCAACGUCGAGGCACCGCUACACACCAUUGGAGUCGAUGUAUCUCGCGAGGAGCGGUACCAUAAAUGCAUAUCUUGCUACGAGAAAUUGGUACAAGUUCGAAGUGUCGUCCUGAAGAAGCAGACGAUGUCGGGAAAAUUGGGCGCGACCUUCCGUGAACUUGGUGGCCUUAUCAGGACGAUAGAUUGACGCCAAACUCGUGCCUACCAGCAUUAUCGGAAAAAUCAUGGUGUCCGAGUAAGGUCCUUCGUGGUUCUGCUUCAAGGGAAUCGAAGGGGGACGCUCGAUCUAGCGUUUGAGGCAGCAUUAAGAGUAUGGAGAGAGAGCAACGCUUUUUUAAAGAGAUAUAAAACGCCCUUGGGCUUUAUCGGCGUGGUGAUUAGAUUUUGGUGUCGCCUGUUUGUCGAUUUGGCGCCGUUGCAUUGUUGAAUGCCGCUACGAUUGUACACAAUGAUCAUCAUUCGUUUUAUUAUU